GAGCAUUUAACCCUAAAAAGAAAGAUAAGAACUAAAAAUAAAAGGCAACCCCAGGAAACGUAGUGUAGCAGGCUGGUAGUGAAGCGGCAGAGAAACAGAAACUGAAAAGAUGUCGCUCUUUCUUCUCAGUUCAUCCUCGUCAUGUUCACUGUGGAAAUCGGAGAAGCCCAUGGUCAACCCCUUAACAUCAUCAAAAGAGCUGAGACGCAGCAGCAGCGUACGAUUAAGGAAUUAUCAUAACAACAAUGGGGUGAAAGCUUUUUUCUUCAAUCCCACCGAUGACCCCCUUGUCAAAGAAGCUCUUAAGGAGCCAGUUGCGUUCAUGGGAGGGAUGUUUGCGGGGCUUUUGAGGCUUGAUUUGAAAGAAGACCCACUCAACGAGUGGAUUACAAGGACGGUUGAAGCUUCCGGAAUUACAAAGGAAGAAAUUGAUGGUGAGGGGUCAGAGGCGGAAGAAGAAGUCCCACAGCAAAUUGAGAUUGAAUGACAUUUUACCUUGCUUCCAACUGUAUACUAGAAUCACUUGUUGAUUCGUACUUGAUGUUUCACUGACAUUAAAUGGGAAAUGAAAUGUAUGUCACAUGGAAGUUUAUUCACUCAA